GUUCACCAAGUCGGAUGUGUUUUUUCUUCGACUCGUCGGAACGGAGCCUAUUCGUAGGAACAUCUAAAAACAGGAAGAUCAAUCCAAAGAGAUUCAGUGAAAGCAAUUUUCUGUUGAUAUUUUUUUCGAAUUUGGUGAAAACGUUGGAAAAAAGUACAAACAAGAGUGUUUUAAUAAAAACAAAGUGUCGCGAUAAGAAACAAACAACAUCCAAGAAUUAGCAAAGACGCGACAAAUGGUUCGUUUUGGGUGAAUGGAAUUAAUUUGUGUCCUCGUCGUUGUUGUCGUUGGUUUUGGCAAACAUUAGUUGAUCGCUGGCUUCAAGUAAAGUGGAGAUAUGAACGUGAACAGUUGUGGACCUUGGAUGGUGGAAUUUGAUUAAAGAAUUUAAAUUAAAUUAACUAUAAACUGUGUGGGUGUGCAAAAAAAAACCUCGAGAAGUGGGGGUGUGGAUCAAGAGUAAAUUAGCUUUGCCGAUACAAUUCAUACCCAAAAGGAUAAUCAAAAUGGUGAUAGUGCAAUCAAACAUCAUCACAUCGAACAGUUCCGGCCGACUGGGGCUCGAAUGGGACAUCAACGAUCCAAAUGUGCCGCCGGUAGGCGAAGCAGACCUAGAAGAAUUCAACGAGUGGGCCGACGGCCACUGCCGGUACAUCUACCGCUCCAUGGAUGAUUCGGCCAAACGACACUCCUCCGGCUGGGCCAUGCGGAAUACCAACAACCACAACGUCAGCAUCCUGAAGAAAAGCUGCCUCGGGGUGUUAGUCUGCUCGUCCCGAUGUGUCCUACCCAAUGGGGACAAGAUAACUCUGAGGCCCGCCAUCUGCGACAAGGCCCGACGGAAGCAGAUUGGUAAAGCCUGUCCCAAUCGCUUGUGCGUGGGAGGUGUUUUGGAGAUUCUGCCUUGCCGGGGCCAUUGCGGAUAUCCGGUAACGCAUUUUUGGAGGCACACUACUAAUGCCAUCUUCUUCCAAGCCAAAGGCGUGCACGAUCACCCGAAGCCGGAAUCAAAGUCGUCGGGAGAAACUCGCAAGAUGCUGGGCAUCGGUCGACGGGAGCGAGUCCUCAAAGCUAUUCAAACAAAAGUUACUAAGAUCACCAGUACAAAAUCUACCAAAAAAGUGAACAAACAGCUUCUGGAGUCCGGGAAAUGUUUGUCAACCAGUCCGUUGGCAGCCAAUCGAUUGGGAUCAGAAACCACUUAUACGAUCACAUUCCCAAACAGCUACAAAUCAAACAGUCCUAGCAAUUAUCCCGGUGGACAAAUUAAUCAAUCGAUUCAGCUACAUUCGACGACGCCGACGACUCAGGACUACAACCAGUCGUCGUACUAUUACGAAAACUCCAAUUUCAUCCAUCCGGAGGAAAUUUUCCAGCUAGAUCAACCAAUCCGACCGAUCAACAAGUACCCCAAUGGAAGCUCCACGACCAGUCUCCACUCGCUUGGCAGUUCUCCUCCAACUGUGAUGGACAUGGAAAGCGGCAACAUCUACAAGAACCCACUGAUCAGCCCGAGCUACAACAGUCGGUUCUUCGACUGUGUCAAAUACGAAACGAGCAGCACCGAUACGGAUACCGCUAGCCUAACGAGUGGAUCCAGCGUGUUUGACGACUUCUCCUACUACUCCAGUCCCCAAAUUGAUUAUCAACACAGUGGCGUGGUCGCAAACAACAAUAACAACAACACCACCCUACCCGAUAUGAACAAGAUGAACCUGCGUCUGUGCGACGACAUCAAUUCGUUUUUUAUUGGCCAAUCGAGUUGCGUGACGCAGACCAAGCAAGAGACGCUAGAUAACGCGACGUCCAAUCAACUCGAAAGCUAUUGCUACGAAAAUUACAGCAAUUCGGGCUCCCCCAACACUUCGUCGCUGAUGAUUUCGCCGUACGGUGGUGGGGCUAACUGUGGCAGCAGCGGGGAUAACUACGUCGAACCGGCGACUGCGGGGACGAGUGGAGAUGCGCUAGUUCCCUCAAAUGUCGAACCUCUCGGUGCCGUAGACAACUGGUGGAAUGGCAGUAAUUAUUCGGCGACGGGUGGAUGGAAUCAGAUCGAUCACGCCUCUAAUAGCGCUCAUCAGUUGCAACAUCACCAACAGCAGCAACAGCAUCCCUACUAUCUGAUGGAACAGUCCGUAGACUAUCUAAGCUAAAGACAAAAUCACCAACCACAGUGUGGCCGAAAGCUCAAUGAUGUGCUCAAGGAUUAGAGCAUUACUUAAAGCAGGCAAACGGCGGCGAUUAAGACUUGACAAAUUGUUGUUGAAUUAAUCCGGAGCACCGAGUAGAAACGAAGACCGCGUUCACUAUGGCAAAGGCCUUAGUUGUUGUUGAGUUUCAUGUUUGUUUGCCCCCCCAACAAUCUAACAUUAAUUAAAUCCACUUCAGCGUCCCUUCUCGGUUUAUUUUCAUCCAGGGAACUCAUUAAGUUUCUCAACAUGUGAAUUAAUCAAACGUAUCUUGAUACGAUGUAUCUGUGAACGAUGAUGAUGACUAUGUUGAUGGUGUAGCACAAGACUUAUACAAAUUAAUGCGUUUUAUUUUUACACUAUCUACAAUAAGAAAAAAAAACAAACUAGUUCUCUACGAUAAAGAUAUUAUUUGCUUCUUUCUCACCAGAAAUUUGUAUUUGAGAUAAUUGUAAGUAGACGAGCGCUCGAUCUCCGGCCGAAGGCAAACCGAAGGCUAUAUACAUACAUCACACCCACUAUGUAAUGCGAUAUUUUAUAAGCGGUUAUUAUGAUGCUUGUGUUUUGUUAAAACAGUUCUAGUCAUAUGUAUUUUAAUAAAGAAUAAACGA